UGAAAGAAUUUGAAAUUCUUUUCUGAGGUAGCUUCUCCCGAAACCCUUCAUUCUGUGGCUCCUUCAUUCUCUGGCUCUUUCAUUCUCUUGCAACAACUUCUUUCAAAAUCCUUCGUUCUCUCUCUUGCAACAGCUUCUGCCGGAAACCUCCACACUUGUUCAGCUGCCGGCGGUGGUUUCUGGUGACUGCAUCGGUGGUUUCUGGUGACUGCAUCGGAAAGGAAGAAGAAAAAGAAGGUGAUUGUGUUAGGAUUUUGAUAGGUUCUCUCUCGAUCCUUCAUUCUUGCUAAGUUUUUCACUCUUCUCUUUCUCUUGCAACAGUUUCGUUUCUCCCUCUGCAUUAUUCCGAAAAAGGUGCCGAUCACAAGGAAGAGAAAUGGAAUCAAGCAAUGUGAAGAACAAGUCAGGUGGAAAAAGAAAGAUGUCUAGUGAGGACACAAGAAGUUACUUCGCAUGGAACUUGGAAAUGGAACGUGUGCUAGCUGAUGUGCUUAGAGAUCAAAGAAAUUUGGGCAAUAAAGGUGAUGGAAAUUGGAAAGCAGUAGCAUACAGUACUGCAGCUCAAAUUUUGUCCAAGCGUUUUGGAGUUCACCUCAUGGCAGAUAAUGUUAAGAAUCGUUUUAAGCUUUGGAGAACAUGGUAUGGAAUUGUGAGUGACAUUCUUAGUCAAAGUGGAUUUGACUGGGAUAGCACAAAGUACAUGAUUACCGUUGAAAAUGAAAUUGCAUGGAAUGAAUAUGUUAAGUCACAUGAAGAGGCCAAACGAUUUCGAUUCAAAGUCAUUCCUAAUUGGGAUGAUAUUGUUGACCUAUGUGCAAAGGAUAGAGCUACUGGACUCGGAGCAGAAAAUGCAUUAGAUGCAGAUGAUAUCAUGAGCAAAGAAACAAAUGAAGAGGAAGCAAUUCAUAGUGUGAGUUUUGACUUAGAGGGAUCAAGUUCUGCCACGAGAAAAAACAUUCGCCCAAGUAAGAGUGGAGAGAAAGAAGGGAUGAUUUCCUCAAUGAAAGAAGUAGCCGAGUCAUUGAAAGAAUUUGUUGAAGUGACUAAGAAGAAGAUGGAGAACAAAAAAAAGAUGGAGAUAAAAGAAGCUCAAGAAGUGGUACAUGAAGUGGUGAGUGAGCUAGAUAAUAUACCUAAUUUUAAUGGUGCACUUAGACAUAGAGCAAUUGAUUGGUUGACAGAAAAUCCCAUUAAGUUUGCGAUUAUAAAAGCUCUUCCAUUGGAUGAGAAAGAGGAUUACAUCUUAUCUUUUAUGCCUUGAUGUCAAAUUACAGGUACGUUUGAUAUCAUGACAAGUAUGUUGAUGUUGUAUAAUUAUGUUUUACAUUUAUAUCUUUCAUUUUAUAUAACAAAUUAUGUUUUAA